AUCUAACCAGCUUGGUUGCGGAAAUCUUGGGUGCAUUGUUGGUCGGGGAACUUGAUCUGUGCGAUGGGCUAGCCGGCUGUGGGCAUCCAGGAGCUGGUGGCCUGUCGAGCGGGUGUGCCCGAACUGAUUCACCUGCUCAUCCUUGGGAAACAGAGUUGACUUUUGAAAGAUGUAAACGCUACCACAUAGAUGGAACAGAUCCAGAUGUUUCAAGUCUGAAUGAAUGUGCAGCACAAACCAAAGAUCGAGCGACUGUGAUGGAGGCCGUGGUGAGCGCCUCCCACGGCGCCGUGCAGAUCCUGUUGAGGAAGCUCGGCAACAUCCUCGCCACCAAAUACACGCUUCUCCGCGGCAUUCGUGGGGAGAUCCAGGAGCUCAAGGAUGUGCUCGAGAGCAUGACUGCGUGCCUCCGCGACCUCGCAGACGAUGAUGAUCACAACGAACAAACUAGGACUUGGAUGAAACAAGUGAGGGAGGCCGCGUUUGAUGUGGAGGACUGUAUGGACAGGUUCUGCCAUCACCUCAGCGAGAAUCAUGGAGACCGUCAAGGACUCCUGGAAUACCUCCAUAGGAUGUUCAACAUGGUGCGAACAUUGAGGGUGCGGCACAAGAUGGCUACCGAUAUCCAGGGCCUCAAAUCUCGUGCCCAGAAAGUGAGUGAUCGGAGGCUCAGGUACACAUACACUCUAGGUGACUCUGCUGGACGGUCGGGCAGAGCGCUUGAUACUUACAGCCACCUCGACAACCUGGACCGCUGGCUGCCUGCAAUCCAUGAUGACGGGUCUGGGCUAGUCGGUAGGACUGGACACGAGCCGAGCCGAGCCGAGCUUGAUCCGAGCCUGGCUUUGGCUCGCUCUGGAGCGGCUCGGCUCGGCUCGCUCAGCCAACGAGCCGACUUCAGGCGGCUCGACUCGCUUCAGCUAUGGCUCGGCUCAUACCGAGCCGGCUCGAAAGCCAUUUGCCCCCAGAAGUACAGAACCUCUGUAUAUAGUCCAGUCUUGAUUUUUUUUGCAGCAAUUAAACCCAUAUUUUGAAAAGCAAACUGUUUAUAUUGCUAAAAGUGGAACAUUCAGCAGUCUAUUAUUUUAAGAAAAGUUCAUAGUAAUGAAAAAUAAGCUUUCGUCUAUGAAUUCUUCUA